AUGCCUCGCCCAAAUGCCAAAUCUCACGUUGCAUCUAGCAAGACCCAUAAUAAAGCUGGUGUCUUUGUAGCUAAUUCUAAAGAUAUAAAUGAUAUAGAAGAAAAUAUGAAUAUUCUGGAAGACUGGGAGUUAUUCAAAAUAACACAUGACAGCUUUCAAAAUUAUGCAUUAAAAACUAUAGAAUGGCAUGAAAAAGCUAAUAAAAAAUUGAAAUCCACUUAUUAUACUGCUAAACAGAUGCAAACUCUUGAUGAAAUGUGGAGCAUAAAGGCUCAAGAUAAAGAAAAAGCACCAGCCCUAUCAUACUGUGAAGAUAUUUUAGCCCAAUCUAAACGACAAAUGCAAUGA